AUGGUGAAGCCUUAUACACCUCCUCUGCCAUAUCCACAUAGAUUACAGAAGGAGUUCGAGGACCAACAAUUUUCCAAGUUCCUAGAAGUUUUCAAGAAGCUGGAAAUCAAUAUUCCACUGGCUGAAGCAUUGGAGCAGAUGCCUCUGUACGCAAAAUUUCUCAAGGAGCUUAUCAACAAGAAGAGGAGCUGGAAUGAAAAAGAGACAGUGAUUUUGACCCAAGAGUGCAGUGCUGUCAUCCAAAGAGGUCUUCAACCAAAGCUCAAAGAUCCAGGAAGCUUCAUCCUAUCUUGUACUAUAGGCAACAGAACAUUGGACAAAGCCCUCUGUGAUCUAGGAGCCAACAUCAACUUGAUGCCUCUCUCAUUAAUGAAGCAGCUUGCAAUAGAGGAACUUAGACCAACUAGAAUGUCACUUCAAAUGGUAGAUCAGUCACUCAAGAUACCUAAUAGAGUGGUGGAGAAUGUGUUAGUGAAGGUUGGAGAAUUCAUAUUCCCUGCUAACUUUGUCAUUUUAGACAUGGAAGAAGAAGGACACAACUCAAUUAUCUUGGAUAGACCUUUCUUGGCCACAGCAAGGGCCAUUAUAGAUAUAGAGAAAAAUAUUGCAAACUACAAGGUUGAAAGGAAGAUUCCCCAAGAAUUCACCAAGCAACAAGUGAAGAAGCUGCUCAAUGAGGCCAAGAAAUUCUUAUGGGAUGAACCAUUCUUAUUCAGGAGGUGUCCAGAUGGAAUGAUUAGGAAAUGUGUUCCUAAGAGUGAGAUGAGAGACGUACUGUGGCAUUGUCAUGGUUCAGCUUGUGGUGGACAUUUUAGGCUAGAAUGA